AUGGUAAGGCUUUUUGGGGCAAUUUCAAGGCUUAAGGUUAACUUAGAAAAGAGUAGGGUAGCGGGUAUUAAUGUUGAUUCAAGACUGAUUCAAAAUGUUGCUGAUUUACUUGGAUGUGGGAUUGACACAUUUCUUAUGAAGUAUUUAGGCCUCCCACUGGGAGGUAACCCAAGAGGUGAAAUGUUUUGGAAUCCAGUGAUGGAAAGGAUAGGUAAGAGGUUAGAAGGGUGGAAUAGGGCCUUAUUGUCCCAUGGGGGUGGGUAUACUUUGGUUAAGACAGUGCUAAGUGGGAUUCCAAUUUAUUUCAUGUCUUUGUUCGAGAUUUCAGUCAAGGUAGCAAAAUCCAUAGAAAAGUUAAUGAGGGAUUUUCUGUGGGAAGGGAAGGAUGAGGGAAGGAUGAAGAAAAGAAGGAUCAUUUGGUGA